AUGCAAAUUAUCGUUUGGAUUGGCUUCACACAGUUCAUUCGAAAUGUUGAUUCAGUUUGGUGUAUUAAUGCGCAGAAACAAUUGUCAGUGUCGGGGAAACAUUUGGUAUCAGAGUUUAAAAAGCGUUUGAGCAAUCACGAUAUCUAUGAAACAGCAAUGUGCAGAAUUGAGAUGACGUAUUCUCGCACAAAGAAAGAUCAAAGUCUUCAUGUUACUUUUGGUACGAGUGAUCCACCGGUAGAAUUACAAACAAACGUUCAUGUACGUGUUAACACAUCGAUAAUAUUCAAAACUAAGGGAAAAGGCAAUGACGUAGUGAAUAGAAUUCAUUUUACAUGUGAUAGUAAAGAUGUAUGUGAUCGGAAAUUUUUCUCUGGUCAUGCCGAUUGGCUGGUGAAUAAUCAAUUCACAAAAUUAAUCGAUGCACUUCGACCAUUACUUCAAUCGAAAAAAAAAUCAAGUCAGUGUAUUGUUGAUAAUGGGAUUAAUAUAACAAUAUCGACAUGCCACUCGUGUGUCUGGAAUUCCUUCUCGUCAACUAAUCGACGUAAUCAAUCGAACUGCUACCAGGGCGAAUACCAUCGAUCAGAACUUUCCAUGAUUACUGAUAUAAUCUUAUCCGAUAUUUAUCAACACGGAGAAAAGAACAAUAUCACUGAAAUCAAUCAGACUCGACAGUAUUGGUGUACAUCGCAUUGGUGUACGAAUCAAUCGAAUGUUCAAAAAAUCAAUGAUAUUAUCGACAAGCAAUAUAACUGGCCACCUUUCUAUGAAGCUCUUCAAACCGAUUCGGAAACGACGACAACAAAAAGUACAUCGAAAACGAGUUUGGCUAGUAGUUCUGUUAAGAAUAGUACCGGUGAUAUUGAAAUGUAUUGGAAUGGGUCAGGUUUAUUUUAUGUAAAGACAUAUUGGAUACAAGGAACGCUUAUCUCGAUUACUCUCCUUCACUUUUUGUGA